CAACUUAAAAUAAUGUUAAAGUUGUAGUAAUUUCAUAAAAAAACAAUCAAAAUGAUACCGUCUAACACAAUUUGUGUUUCUCAAGAAGGACCAGCGAAUGCCCUAGCACUAAACAAAGAUUGUAGUCAAGUUGUAAUAGCAGGCAGAAAUGUUUUCAAAGUCUUCUCGAUUGGUGAAAAUGAAUUUUCUGAAGUAUGCAAUUUGAGAGUGGGGAAAAAUUUGAAUUUAAAUUUCUCUUCUAUUGAUGUUGCUUGGAGUACUAUUGAAGAAAACACAUUAGCCACAGCUGCAACAAACGGCGCAGUUGUUGUAUGGAACCUUGGACGUUCAGGACGAUCCAAACAAGAGCAUGUCUUCUCUGACCAUAAGAGAACUGUCAAUAAGGUAAGCUUCCAUUUGACUGAGCCAGCCCUGCUUAUAUCUGGAUCUCAAGAUGGAAUGAUGAAAUGCUUCGACCUUCGAAUGAAAGAAGUGGCUAGAACUUUUAUAAGCAACACGGAGUCCAUCCGCGACGUGCAGUUCAGCCCGCACGCGGCGCACGUGUUCGCGGCGGUGUCCGAGAACGGCACGGUGCAGCUGUGGGACUCGCGGCGCCACGAGCGCGCGCUCCACCAGUUCACGGCUCACUCGGGGCCCGUGUUCGCCUGCGACUGGCACCCCGACGUGCCCUGGCUGGCCACGGCCUCCAGGGACAAGACCAUCAAGGUAUGGGACAUUCACGCGAGGCCCAACUUGGAGCACACCAUAUACACGAUAGCGUCCGUGGGACACGUGAAGUGGAGACCGCAGAAGAAGUUCCAGGUGGCGUCGUGCGCGCUGGUGCUGGACUGCGCCGUGCACGUGUGGGACGUGCGCCGGCCGCACGUGCCGCUCGCCACCUUCGCGGAGCACCGCGACGUCACCACCGCCAUCGCCUGGCAGGCCUCGCCGCACGCCUUCCUGUCCACCAGCCGGGACUGCAGCCUGUACCGGCACCGGUUCGGCGAGGCGGCGCACCCGGUGCUGUGGGCCAACCCGCAGGGCGUGUGCGUGUCGGCGCGCGGCGAGCUGGCGCACGCGCUGCCCGAGCGCCCGCUGCCGCCGCGCGCGCCCGCCGCGCCCGCGCCCGAGCGCCUGGCGCCCGGCCUGGGUCGCAAGCAACCGACGGCGGGCUCCCUCACCCCAGCAGAGCAGGCAGCACUGGAGCGCGCAUUCCCAGGAGGAGCGUCCUCCUCCCUGUCGAGACACUUCCCCGUAUCUCCAGACAGUGCUGUGGUGGCGUGUGCUCUGCAGUAUCGCAUACGGGGACAAGCGCCGCACGUGUUAGCCGAGCACAACGCCAAGGUCGCUAGGGAGCACAAGCGGUAUAUGGUGUCGCACGUGUGGGAGGUGGUGCGCGCCGUGUACAGCGCCCGCGCCGUGCGCUCAGCCCCCGCCCCGCCGCCCCCGCGCGCGCCCCCGCCCCGCGCCGACCCCGCGCCGCCGCCGCCCUACAGCGCUGUAGAAGAGGAACCGAUGGAAGAGGUCGAGGAGUGGGAGAACCGCUUCCACAAAAACAGUGGAGUUCUCGGACUACCCACUCACAGCAUCUACAUACCACCCGCUAAGUACGCCAAGCGGGACGGCUCUGACGAGGGCUGGGUGUCGGCCGCGUCGGCGCACUACGUGGACGUGGAGGCGGCGGACUGGACGCUGCCCGACGAGGCCUUCCCGCUGCGCGCGCCGCCCGCCGCGCUGGCGCCGCACGCGCCGCUCGCCGACGAUGCCACCACGCUGCAGGUGUCGAGCCAGGCGGGCGCGUCGUCCCCGGGAGGCUCGUCAGGCUCAGGCUCAGGGUCAGGGUCAGGCUCGGGUUCAGCCCCGCCCCCCAUCUCACCCACCCUGCAGUGCUCCGCCAGCCAGAACUACAGCAGCUCUGCAGAGGGCGAAGCAGGUGAAGCUGGUGAGGGGGGAGAGGGCGGUGAAGUGGGGUCAGUGGAGGGCUCGGCGGGGGAGGAGGGCACCGAGGCGCUGUGUGUCCGGGAGGCGACCGCGCGGGGAGCGCUGCCCGCCGCGCCGCUCAUCGCCGCCGCGCUCCGCCUGCACGCCGACCUCGGCGACGUGCAGACCGCGGCCGCCGUGUGCCUGGCGCUGCACGAGCACAGAAACGAUCUCUUUCCGUACAUAGAUGAAAGUCUACAAGAGCAGUGGCUACUGGGAUACAUCGAAUUGCUGCAGCGACACAAACUGUGGAAUGUCGCUACCGAGGUGAUCCGCUGCGCGUGGCUCAGCAGCGUGUGGGCCAUCUCGCAGCAGUCCACGGCCGUGACGGCGUGCUGCGGCCGCUGCGGGCGCCGCACGCGGCCGCGCGCGCCCUGCGACGCGUGCGCGCGCGCGCCCGCGCCCGCCGAGCUGUGCGCCGUGUGCCACGGGGCCGUGCGCGGCCUGUUCGCCUGGUGCCAGGGCUGCGCGCACGGCGGCCACCUGCGCCACAUGCGCGCCUGGACCGCGCGCCACCACCUGUGCCCCGCCGGCUGCGGCCACGCCUGCCAGUUCGGCUGACCGAGCUGAGGCUGAUACUUUGGAAAUAGCUGUUUUAUUGAACACUGCGUGUAACUCAUUAUUGUAAAUAAAUUACUGCGCAAUGCUGGUAGGCUACUAUUUCAAAUUAGGUACCACCGUCGACAAUAAAUGGCCACCAUCGACCAUCAAAUGCUUACAUUUGACGCUACCAUUUAUAUUCUAUUGGUGUCACUUUCUGUAACAGCUGCAAUCCGCUACAGUACUUCUAAGUAUGAAUACUUACUCACCACGAUCGACUAUUUUGUACUAAGACAGUUCAUAAUAUCAGGCAAAAAGUACUUUCACUGCUUUAAAUAAUAUAUACUGCCAUCGACAUCAUUCUAGAAAACUAUGAUCCGAUUUUAACAGAAAAAAAUGUCCGCCUUUAAGCAUCUUGUCUGUGCAUACAUAUAACAAUUGUCAAGAAUUUACUUUAUGACAAGAAAAAAAGGAUUCAUUUUACUAACAUUUUGAUGUUGGUUCGCACAAAAACAACCACCUAGCUGAAAUUGUAAAUAUUGUACCCAAAUAUGUGUUAAGAUCAUUUAAUUGUGAAAAUAUAAAAGCUUUGUAAUAAAAAUGUUUAACUUUGUAUAAAAUUAUGUUCUAUAUGUUAAAAAUAUUGACCUCAGCGAGAUCGCAUUAAUCAUGUCUUUUUAGUUUAUAUUGUUAAUGAAAUUAACACAAAUUUGUAUAUAUCGUGGACUGAAAUUGUAUCUAAUAAAUUGUUUAAUAUUUUUGUAAGGGAAAAUGAAUAAAACAAAUUGUUGU